AUGGCGCCCAAGUUGUCUCUCCGUGUCCUGUUGUUGGCCCUGUUGCCAUGCACGGUUCUUGCACACUGGCGAGUUGAUGGGUACGACCCUGUUAGAAAACUGGUCGAGCAAAGGCAUGGUUCAAGCCGUCGUCACAUUCAGCAGCGAGCAGCUAGCGGCGAGUAUCAACAUUUGAAUGAAAAGACCCAAAAGUACCUUGUAAACGGCACAAGUGUUCCUUUUAUUGACUGGGAUCUCGGAGAAUCUUAUGCUGGUCUAAUGCCUAUCUCUAAAGAGGCAAAUGAGACAAGGCAAUUAUUUUUCUGGUACUUCCCAACCACUAAUCAAAACGCCUCUAGCGAAGUCACUAUCUGGUUGAACGGCGGUCCGGGAUGCAGCUCUCUCAUCGGUCUCAUCUCAGAACAUGGCCCCUUCACGUGGUUCAAGUCUGCGUACCGCCCAGUUUACAACAUCUAUAGCUGGUCCCAUCUCUCAAACAUGUUAUAUGUCGACCAACCGGCUGGCACUGGUUUCUCCGUUGGAUCGCCCAACGCGACCACAGAAGAAGAAAUAGCUGAACAGUUUCUUGGUUUCUACAACAACUGGAUGGAGACCUUUGGUACAAAAAGCCGAAAGACGUAUCUCACCGGUGAGAGUUAUGCAGGAUUCUACAUCCCCUACAUCGGCGACGCAAUGAUCAAGUCCAAACAAUCUGCCAACUAUAACCUAUCUGGCGCCAUGAUGUUCAGCCCGUACAUCCGUAGCGUGCCCAACGACUUCCAGCAGCAGGUUGUCACGAAGCCUUUCGUCGAGGAGUACAACAACGUCAUGGGCUUGUAUCCUGGGGUCGACGACUACUGGGACCGUAUUGCCGCUGCUGAUGAGGCCUGCGGUUUUGCUGAGAUGCGCGAAAAGUACUUCAAGUUCCCGCCACCAGGGCCUUUCCCUCCCGGCAACGUGAGCGCUGAGUGUCAGAUAUCACACACAGUCUACGAUGGUCUGGCGAACAUUAGCCCUUGUAGCAGCGUCUACCACAUUUCCCAGGGCUGCCCAAACCCGGGAGAUCCCCUUCUCUGGGCCGCCGAUGGCGACAAUGCUACUGUGCCGGUUACAUUUGACAAGAAGAAUUGGCAUGGCUAUCCCAACUUGCCCGAAAUGCGCCAGGCAAUCCAUAUCCCCCCCGGACAGAAGGACUGGAAGAUGUGCAACGAUCAAAACCCCUUCGGAGAAAAGGGUGAUCAGAGUGCAGACCCCUUCACCUCAGGCGCGCUGACGCGGGUGAUUGAGCACACCAACAACUUCAUCAUUGCAAACGGGAAUCAAGACUACCGCGUUCCUACUAACGGAACGUUGAUGGUGCUGCAGAACAUGACGUGGAAUGGCCAGCAAGGUUUCGACGAGUUCCCCAACAAGAGCUUCUUUUUGCCUGCCGCUUAUACGGACUUGUCUUCCCAAAGCGCUACUGGCAAGGUUGGCGAUUGGGUUGAACAAAGAGGAUUGAACUUUGCUAGGGUGUACACUGCUGGACAUGAACUCCCAGAGUAUGCCCAGGGGGCGGGAUAUCGUCUCCUUGAGAAGCUCCUCGGACGCGUCUCUGAUCUGAGUUCCGAUGUCAUGUUUUCCGCUCUUCCUGGAGACUUUAGCAAACCCCCAGAGUGA